AUGCUAAGACGUGCGGUAUCUCGCGGUGUAUUCCGAACCCAGGUCCAGCAACUGGUGCCAACGCGUCCGGUUACGAUCGCUUCUGCAACAUCUGCAACGAAAAAUCUGGUGCCUAUUCAAACCAGUCUCCGUGCAGACGCGCUUUUAAAUACUCCACGCUUGAACAAGGGUGCCGCAUUCUCGAGGGAAGAACGUGCAAUAUUUGGCCUCGAAGGUUUCCUUCCAUACGACAUUCAUACACUUGAAAUUCAAGUUGAACGGGCACGAAACCAACUUCAAAAACAACCUACGAACCUUUUGAAACAUGCCUUUCUUGCAAGUCUCCGAGACCAAAACCAAGUCUUGUUUUACCGUUUAAUGCAGGACCAUUUGUCCGAAUUGCUUAGCAUUCUAUACACACCUACCGCCGGCGAAGCCAUACAGCAAUUCUCUCAUCUCUUCCGGCGGCCCAUCGGAUGCUUCCUCAGCUACCCCAACGCAGAUGGCAUGCGUGCUCAACUCGAGGCUCAUGUAGAGUCACUGAACUAUGAGCCAGACGUCUCUGACCCAAAUGCAGGGCCAAUCGACCUGAUCGUCGUUACCGACUCAGAGGCUAUUCUCGGCAUUGGCGAUCAAGGAGUAGGCGGAAUCACAAUUGCGACCAGCAAAGCAGCCCUCUAUACUCUUGGCGCGGGAAUAAACCCCAAUCGCAUUUUGCCGGUUGUGCUUGAUGUGGGGACGGAUAACCAUUUGCUUUUCUCUGAUCCGCUUUACAUGGGUUGGAAACAUACCCGGGUGCGGGGCGAGCCAUACAACCGAUUUGUUGACAAAUUUAUCAAGCAUGUCUCAGCCUUGUUUCCCGACGCACUAAUUCAUUUUGAAGACUUUGGAAACAAGAAUGCCCAGCGACUUCUAGACAAGUAUCAAUCACAUGUACCAGUCUUCAAUGAUGAUAUCCAAGGAACUGGCGCGGUAGCUCUCGCCGCGCUCAUGUCGGCUCUUCGAAUCACAGGCCAACGACUUUCUGACUCACGCAUUGUCCUCUAUGGUGCGGGAUGCGCCGGGAUGGGUAUCGUAAACCAAAUUCGCCAGGGAAUGGUCUUGGUCGACGGCCUUAGUCGGGAGGAAGCCAAUAAAAAAUUCUGGUGCCUCGAUGCCGACGGCUUGCUCCUCAAAUCAAACCCCAACCUUCGUCCUGGCCAAGAGGAAUACGCGCGUGACCCAAGUGAGGUGCGAGGGUGGAAACGGGAGACAGCUGAACAAGAGGCUCUUAGGCUGAUUGACGUGGUACGCGAGGUCAAGCCAACGAUCCUUAUCGGCACAAGCACUCAUUCACGAGCGUUUACGGAAGAAGUGGUCAAGGAGAUGGCCAAGGGAUGUGAACGACCGGUUAUUUUGCCCCUUUCCAACCCAACAUCUCUGGCUGAAAUUGAUCCUGCUGAUGCUAUGGCCUGGACAAACUACAAGGCAUUGUGCGCAACUGGAUCACCGUUUCCUUUGAUUCAAAUGCCGGACGGCACAACACACAAGAUAUCCGAGGCUAACAACGCUAUUUGCUACCCAGCCCUUGGUCUGGGCACCGUCAUUUCACGAUCACGUACUCUGUCGCCCGGUAUGAUCAUGGCUGGCGUCCAAGCCUUGGCCGAGCUCGCACCCAAUGACGAUAGGUCCCUGUUGCCUGACUUGGCCGACGUACGUUCGGUCAGUGUACAUAUUGCAGCCGCCGUAGUUAGGCGCGCGAUGGAAGAGGGCCACGCAAAGAUUCAGAUCAAGGGCGAUAAUGCCGAUGUAGAAGAGUAUAUCAAGAAAAGGAUGUGGGAUGCAACUUACCGCCCGCUAGAAUUGGUUUAG